UGAUUGUUUCUGCAGUUCCGUUAAGGAUGUGGAAGUUUUUGUAGUUCGCGUAUUGUUGACCUGUCAGUCUUCUCGUACAGUCUGUCAUUGCCGAUCAUUUAUGUGUUGUAGCUGUUGCACAUCAUUGCCGGUGUCGCGGUCUAGCCGCGGCGUCUGACGGAUUUCUCUGGUUGCACUGCUGUUACUGGUCAGCUAGCGGCUAAAGGUUAGCCUAUCAGCUUGGGAGCUACUAGCAUUAGCCGGCUACCUCGUCUGCUGACAAGAGGAGGCAGGGAAGCCGCCCACUCAGUAUUCCAGAUAGCAGACUGAACGAUGGAGGCGCAAACAUCAAGCAAACGUCUUUUGUCCAGAAAGAGGAGGAGAGAAGACUCCAAUGGAGAAGCUGAGGGGGUAGACAGGAUUGGGAAGAUCCACAGAUGUACUGUGGGACUGAAGCAUCCCGCCCAUUUCGCAGAUGAACUGGAACCAGCUGACGACAAGCCCUAUGUGAGAGUCAACAUGGAGGAGGCCAAGCGAGGAACGCCUUCUAACAGGCCAGUACGAGUGUAUGCAGAUGGUAUCUUUGACCUUUUCCAUUCAGGUCAUGCCAGAGCCCUCAUGCAGGCAAAAUGCCUUUUCCCAAAUACACAUCUUAUUGUCGGAGUGUGCAGUGAUGACCUGACCCACAAGUUCAAAGGCUUCACGGUGAUGAAUGAGGACGAACGUUAUGAUGCCGUCAGUCAUUGCCGCUACGUGGAUGAGAUUGUGCGGAACGCUCCCUGGACACUCACACCAGAAUUUCUUGCAAAACAUCGCAUUGACUUUGUGGCCCAUGAUGACAUCCCAUAUUCAUCGGCGGGCAGUGAUGAUGUGUAUAAGCACAUUAAGGAGGCUGGUAUGUUUGCUCCCACACAGAGGACAGAGGGCAUCUCAACCUCUGACAUCAUCACACGCAUUGUUCGAGACUAUGACGUGUACGUCAGACGCAACCUGCAGAGAGGAUACACGGCCAAAGAACUUAACGUCAGCUUCAUUAAUGAGAAGAAGUACAAUCUGCAGGAGCGUGUGGACAAGGUGAAGAGGAAAGUACGUGACGUGGAGGAGAAGAGCAAAGAGUUUGUCCAGAAGGUGGAGGAGAAGAGCAUCGACCUCAUUCAGAAAUGGGAGGAGAAAUCAAGGGAGUUUAUUGGCAACUUCCUGCAAAUGUUUGGCCCAGAGGGAGCUCUGAAGCACAUGCUGAAGGAAGGUAAGGGCCGCAUGCUGCAGGCUAUCAGCCCCAGGCAAAGCCCCAACAGCAGCCCCACCCACGAGGAGCGCUCCCCUUCUCCCACCUUCCGCCUCCCCUUCUUCAACAAGACCUCCCCGCCUCCAUCACCUCCAUCCCACCACAGCGCAGCCCGGGGCUACCUCAUCAGUGAAGACGACGACGAUGAAGACGAAGAGGAGGACGAUGACAAUUAGAGCGUGUCAGCAUUGACUAGUAGCAUGGUUUCCAACAAGCUCCUGCUUCCACCAGCUUUUCUUUCUUUCACAUUGACCUUUGUGUCAUUAUAGCUGUUACCCAUCAGUCACAGUUUUCUUUUUCCGAAUCGUCAUUUUUGUUUUGUGUUUGUUCUUUUGCAUGUGUGUGCAAGAUACCACUUAGCAUGAGUUGGGGUUUUUUUGACGUUUGUCUCAUUUCUGUGCGUCACUUUUGAGUCUUUAUUCAUCACUCUGUGGAAUAAUUCACGCCCGUUUCACCAGGUGCACGCUUUCAUUGCCAACUGUUGCACGGUAUGAGUUUGUGUUCUUGUUUUGCUUUGGUGGGAGGGCUCACAGGGAUUUGGAUGUGCUUUGUUCUAGGACCUCGUGAAAGAAAUGGCAAAGUUUUUCAGAACAGGUCAGAAAUGUGGAAAUCUGCUCGCAUGCUGGGACAGAGGCAUUAUUCUCACACUGACCUUUUUAAUCAUCAGAUGGAUUCCAGUAAUGAUUUCCUUUUUAACGAACAGGAUAACUCCAGCGUGGCUCUGAGAGUUACUGAGUAUUAAAUGUUUGAACUGUUUUGCCUCCCCCUGCAUUGGGAGUGUGAAUGCAUGUAACAUUUGUUUACAAGCUCUUGCAUCGGCAUGUUUGAAAAGUCAGCAGCCGCCACCUGCUGACUGGUUUGGGUUUAGCAUAAUCUCUUCCACGUUAUAAUAAACGAUUUUAAUCUCGUCUGUUAAUAAGAAUUUCAUCCUGGCAUCUUUCUGCGGUGUCAUACAUUUAAAUGUUAUAGUUGAUGUCCUUAUUUUUCUAAACUGUACAUUUCAUCUGUCAUUUCGUAAAUCCUUCAUGUUCAGAAGAGCUUUUGCAGUGACUCCAUGUCAGCACAUUGUUUUUGUGGUCCACAUCUGAACCUACGCUACAUUUAAAAUUUGUGUCAUGCUUCUUAAAGUCCAACCAUCAAGCUGAUAAAGUGUUUAUUUUCCCCAUUAACUGUCAGAUUAUGAGAACAAAAGAGGCACCUUUUACAAAUAAUGGACUGAUUUUUUUUUUUUGAGGGUUGUAUUUUUCUAGGUGCCUCCUCUUUGCCUAAACGGAUUGCUUCUAAGAGGAGCAUUAUUUUAUCAUUUAUCAUCUCAAGCCACUGUUCAGCUCUGAAACAAUGUGACUCUUUUUGGCCCUGAUGUCUGCCCCAUGUGCUACGUUCCACAUGUCACAGCUGAGCGCUGCAUAAACUGCACUGAUUUUACUCAAAUGUUAACACGGACAGUUGCUUGUUCUAUUCUCAGCAUGGUUUCACAAAAAGUAUCCUGCAGUGUGAUUACCCUGUUCUUGUGGGAGGAAAAAGGUGAUGUAACUCCAAAUGUGGGAAAUAACUCUGUUUUAAACGUCAAAUCUGGUAUUGAGAAAGUACAACGUCAUACAAACUGCUGAGACUAGAUUUGGGUGCUAAGUGUCUUUCGCGACACAUCGCCUUGAUCCUUGUGCAUUCUGUUCCUUUAGUCAGUGUGUGAAUGUCUCGGCGAGGUAGUCUACAUUCUUGGAGCUUCAGGUGGUAAAUGGAUAAAUGUAAAUGUUUUUGUUAAACCCGGAAUGUUAGGGCUGUUAAAUGAGAAGGGGGUGGGGAAAAAAUCUAUUAAACAUGUUGGCCAAACCAUU